CAACAUAACUUAAUCAAUGUCAACUUGCUAUUGCUGUUCGUGAGUACAGAUACGCUGCUGUAUUUGCCUCGACAACGCCGAAGAUACAGGUAGCACUCAACAGACACCCCCCUACAAGUUCAGGUUCAUCUCUUCACCUGAUUCGGAGACGUCCGGAAGACGGAAGGACGACAGGCGAAUAGACGUUAUACACUUACUUGGACCAUUGUUACUUGUGAGUUACAACUGGACUUCUUUUCCUACGACUACAUAUACAAAGAUGGAGCUGGGCUGUUGUGGGAAAACCUUUAGUUGCCUCUUCAUCUUCUUCAAUUUCAUCUUUGCGGUUGUUGGGAUGGCCACAAUUGGUUUUGGAAUUUUUAUCAAGGUUCACCCUUCACCAACCCAAUUCCUAACUCAAAUUGAGCUGCAUGGAUAUGAACAAUAUCUCAACAAUAGCGCCUGGAUCAUCAUUGUCUUCGGUGCCCUUGUGUUGCUUGUCUCAUUCUGCGGCUGUGUCGGAGCUUCCAAUAAGAGCGAGUGUUUGCUGGGAAUGUACAUCACCUUCUCGCUGAUCAUCAGCUUCGGAGUUCUAGCGAUCUUUAUUUCCACAAUCGUUUACUUUGUGCGGUUUGAGGACCUCGACCAUUUCACUGGAUCUCUUACAAAAACUUUGCAGACCAAGUACAAAGAAAAAGCUACCGAGUUCACAAAGCCUUGGGAUUAUGUUCAGAGUCAGUUCCAAUGCUGUGGCGUAUCCAGCUACAAAGAUUAUGAUGCGGUGUUUACUGGCAAUGAUAAGGGUAAAGUGCCGCCAAGCUGCUGUGCAUCCUCUGACAACGGCACUGAAGCUCCUGAGGCAGCAAGCAGUGAGUCCUGCCCGAAUGAUAUGUAUUCUGAGGUUUGCUUUGGGAAACUUCAAGCCAUUCUAAAUGAUUACAGCAGUUUGCUUCUUGUUGCUGAAUUCUUUAUCAUUACUUUGGCAAUAAUCGGGAUCAUCAUUGCUGCAUGUCUCUGCAGAGGAAGUGGCGAAAAAGAUAAUUAUUCCACGCUUUAAUCUUUUUUUCUGCAGAUGCUCUUCCCAUUUAACCAAUGAGCAUAAGACCUUUCAUAGAAAAUACGAAAGUAUUCGUAGGGACCAACUAUUUGAUUUUGA